AUGUUCGAGCUGCUCUCUGAAAGCAUGGACUACUGCUGGCUCCUCCAGAUGCUUAAUGUUAAAACCUCUUCUGGAGACACUGUUACUGCUGCUUUUGUUACUGUUGCUGUUGCUUUUGUUCCUGCUGUUUCUGUUCCUGCUGCUUUUAUUACUGUUCCUGCUGUUACUGUUCCUGCUGCUUUUGUUCCUGCUGUUACUGUUCCUGCUGUUCCUGUUCCUGCUGUUACUGUUCCUGCUGUUACUGUUCCUGCUUUUACUGUUCCUGCUUUUACUGUUCCUACUGCUUUUGUUCCUGCUGUUACUGUUCCUGCUGCUUUUAUUCCUGCUGUUACUGUUCCUGCUGUUACUGUUCCUGCUGCUUUUAUUACUGCUGUUACUGUUCCUGCUGCUUUUGUUACUGUUCCUACUGUUCCUGCUGCUUUUGUUCCUGCUGUUACUGUUCCUGCUGUUACUGUUCCUACUGCUUUUGUUACUGUUACUGCUGCUUGUGUUCCUGCUGCUUUUGUUCCUGCUGUUUCUGUUCCUGCUGCUUUUGUUACUGUUCCUGCUGUUACUGUUCCUGCUGCUUUUGUUCCUGCUGUUACUGUUCCUGAUGUUGCUGUUCCUGAUGUUGCUGUUCCUGCUGUUACUCUUCCUGCUGCUUUUGUUACUGUUCCUGCUGUUACUGUUCCUGCUGCUUUUGUUCCUGCUGUUACUGUUCCUGAUGUUGCUGUUCCUGCUGUUACUCUUCCUGCUGCUUUUGUUUCUGUUCCUGCUGAUGCUGCUUUUAUUACUGCUGUUACUGUUACUGCUGUUACUGUUCCUGCUGAUUUUGUUACUGUUGCUUCUGUUACUGCUGCUUUUGUUCCUGUUGUUACUGUUCCUGCUGCUAAUUAUUAA